GCCGGCUUUGCUCGCUGGUGUGCAGCCUCUUAUCAUCAUUCAUCAUCAGAGGGAGGGAGAGAGAGAGAGCAGGGCAGGGGGAGGUGGCAAUGGCGACGGCAUCGUCGCUGGGGCUGCUGCUUCUGCUUCUGCUUGGAACAACGUGGGCGGCGGCGGCGAGCGCGCGGCGGAACGUGGUGAGAGAGGUGAAGGGAUUCGAGGGGAGGCUGCCCUUCCACCUGGAGACGGGAUACGUAGAGGUGGAUGAGCAGCAUGGCGUAGAGCUCUUCUACUACUUCAUCCAGUCGGAGCGCCGCCCCGCCGAUGACCCCCUCAUCCUCUGGAUCACCGGCGGCCCCGGCUGCUCCGCCCUCUCCGGCCUCCUCUUCGAGAUCGGCCCUCUGAAGUUUGAUGUUGCUGGAUACACGGAAGGGUUCCCACGAUUGGUCUACUUCCAAGAUUCCUGGACCAAGGUGAGCAACGUGAUAUUUCUAGACGCGCCGGUGGGGACGGGCUUCUCCUACGCACGCCAUGAGCAAGGCUACAACGUCAGCCUCACCCAGACGGGACACCACCUCCUCGUCUUCCUCACCAAAUGGCUCGCCGAUCACCCCGAGUUCUCCUCCAACCCUCUCUACAUCGGCGGCGACUCCUACUCCGGCUACACCGUCCCCGUCACCGCCCUCCAGAUCGCCAACGACGGGCACCUCAACCUCAAGGGCUACCUGGUCGGCAACGCUGCCACGGACAUCAAGUACGACGACGGCGGCAAGGUGCCCUUCAUGCACGGCAUGGGCCUCAUCUCCGACGAGAUGUACGAGGCCGCGCGGAAAAGCUGCCGCGGCGACUACGUGUCCACGCCGACCAACGCCGAGUGCGCCAGCGCGCUGCAGGCGAUCAACUCGGCCACCUUCGCCAUCAACCCGGUGCACAUCCUGGAGCCCAUCUGUGGCUUCGCCUUGGGGAUGGGGCGGCGCGCGAUGGCUGAGGAGCGGCUGCGGCUGGGGCUCCCCGUGGAGUGCCGGGACAACGGGUACCGGCUGUCGUACCUGUGGGCCGACGACCCGGAGGUGCGGGCGACGCUGGGCAUCCACUCCGGCUCCAUCGGCGGGUGGAGCCGGUGCACGGCGCUGCCGCAGUUCCGGCACGACGUGGAGAGCGCCAUACCCUACCACGAGGAGAUGACGCAGCGCGGGUACAGGGCGCUGGUGUACAACGGCGACCACGACCUGGACAUGACGUUCGUGGGGACGCAGGCGUGGAUCCGGACGCUGGGCUACCCGGUGGUCACCGCCUGGCGGCCCUGGUACUCCAACCGCCAGGUGGCCGGCUUCACCACCGUCUACGCCCACAACCUCACCUUCGCCACCGUCAAGGGCGCCGGCCACACCGCUCCCGAGUACCGCCCCAAGGAGUGCCUCGACAUGCUCGACAGAUGGACCACCUCGCCGGACGGCCACCUCUGAUCGUCCGUCGUCUCAUCCAUCAUUAAUUCUGCACCCGGCCCCGCCAAUUAACUAAUUCCUUCAUCAUCAUCAUAUUAUCCCACACACAGCCGGAUAUAUCUUACUUAAUUACACUACUCCUUAA